GCACCUCCUUCCCAUGGUGGCGGUUCGCCAACGCGGCCAAUGGGUAGAUUUUGGGCCAGAGCUGUAUCCGGUAACGGUGACAACAGCUUCAGCUCCAAAAAAAAAGGUAACGAACGUUGGUGGAAGACGAAUUGUUGAAGUUCGGUGGCCACUAGCACCCGUCGAAGCGUCGAGGGAUUGCCUCGUUUUUCCUGUGCUUUUAGUCGGUGUGUGUGUGUGUGUGUGUGUGUGGGGCUUAACAUUCCCGGCAAAGGGGGGUGCUGCUAUUCCAAAAUCGGGAGGAAAUCUGGAUGCUGCUGCUGCACCAGCCGGAACCGCAGAUCCGGUCGCAAUCAUCGUGGAGAUUUAAAAGCAGGUAAGGGGAGGGAUACUGUUCGACAGCUCUUGUCAGGAUAAUGACACACGCCGAGGAAAAAGGCCCUUAUACACAUGCAUUUCGUUGUCUUGAAGCCGAACAGCCUCAUUAAAAAGCAAUAAAAUGUACAGUAAAUAUAAUAAAAAUAGCAAACUAAUAAAUCGCCCCAAACACGGUGCACCAAAAUCCGCACAUCACUGUAUCACUUCCAUCUCCCAAGUGAAGUCAUGGCAUGCUGCUGCUCCAUGCUGCGGUUUUCACCAGUUGCUACCGACUCCUGGCUGCAGUGAUUGUAGUAGGUAGAGUAGCACACCACCCACCCAACGCACUUCCCUUCUCACACCUUCUCUCCCCCAGCGGUUGUGUUCGACAAUGACGUUAUUCUGCUCGGUUCGUCCUAUUGUGUCGUCGUCGCCGUCGUCACCGUCGUCGUCGUGCCGGGGAGGAUGCAAAUGCGCGCGCUAUUCACGGAAAAUCUCUCAAAAUCUCACCCAUUUGCACGCACUCGCUCUCGCUCCUCCGACCCUAUUGCCAGCUCACUCUUUCGCACGGGGACGACGCGGUCGCGUGUGGUUGGAAUACUUUAUUUUCCUCCGGCUGGGUCUGGCUGGCAGGUUUUAGAACGUGGUGCUCGUGCUCCUCCUCUGCUCCUGUUCCGGGAUUUUAUAACGCUCGAAUUGACGGAGCGGAUGGGCGGGCCUGGCAAAGGGGGACAGCGGUUGCGGUUUGUUUGCCGGUGUGAUUUUCCUUUCCAUCGCAUUGCCGAGCACCGACUGGAACGGAUCCCGCCAAUCUCGGUACAUCCAUCCUCCCUUCCUUCCUUUCUGUUCACACACACACACACACACCACCACCACCAUCUGUUGUUGUGGUCGUUCAUUUGUAGCGCAAAAAGGGAAGCGAGUGGUCGGGGUGUAGUGGUUGGGCCGCCCGAGCUGGUGGAUGAUUUUACGUAAGUGGCAGCUCAGGGAUUCAUUCCAUUUUAAACCACCGAACGGAUCGGUCGUAGUAGGUCUUGCGGCAAGCGUUGCCGAACGGUGUUUUCCGCCUCGUGCGCUGCGUGAUUUGAACGGUGGACUACGCGGGAAAACACGUGGUCGAUCGUCAGAUCGGGAAACGAUUUUUGUGUUAAAAGUGAUUGGAAAAUUGUGCAUAACAUUAAAAACAGUGAAAAGAAGUAGAUGAGGAAAUAGAAAGUUGAGUAAAGUGUGUGUUUGCGAAGAAACAAUUAUUUAACCAGUAAUCCAAAUCGAUAGUAAAAUGACGGAAGAGCUUCAAACUCAAACACAGCCCCAGGCGGCUCCACCAAUGCAGCCGCAAUCGAAACAGCGACUCGGCCCGCAGGACUAUCGCAACUCCGAACUCGUCACCAAGCUGAUGGCCGCCAAUCCGCCCUACCUCUACUCGCCAGCCGUCGGUCCACACAACUUUUUCUUUAGCGAGAUGCUCCGUUCUUUGGUCGCGAACAAGCGCAACGAAAGUCUGCGUAACGCAACGGAGCAACUUCACCACCAACAACAGCAACAGCAACAACAGCAGCAACCGCAGCAACAACAACCCAUUCAACAUCCAAACCAUUUGACCAGCAACCAGUUAGCGCUUCAGGCCGCAUCAACCCGUCGGCCACGCAAACGCUCCUGGAGCCAGCACCGAUACUAUCCCGACGCGUUAAAGGACGGCAAAGACGCGGACGACAGGCGACCGGUCCAGCCCGAGAAGCCACUCGAGCUGACGAACAAACUGUCGUCGUCGUCGGCGUUCACUAGAAGCAUUAGCUCGACCACGGGCCCUCCAAAAUAUCCCGACGGGCUCGAUGGAAGCCCCUCCGAGGGCUUUAAGGCACCGUCGUUCCACGAUCGCAAGCCGCACGACACGAAACCUCCAACGGCUGCUGGCGUUCCCGAUAAGGCGCCGAUUAGCAGCAGCACCCCGCUCCAGGAGCCUCCGGCAGCUUCAAUGCCCCCGUCGGAUCUUAUCCUUCCCCCUCCACCUCCCGUCUGGUAUCCUCCGCUCUACCCACCCUACGGUAUCGAUCCAUUACACUUUUUCAUCGAUCUGCGCGUCUCGGGACACAUUUACGACCGCAAGAAGGAAUCCGGCUCAUCCAGCAACAGCUCGGAAGACUCGGUGCUUACGGUAAAGCGCGAACAUUCCAAGCUCAUCGGAGCGGGCAACGAUCGGCAGGGGUCGGCAUUCAGCGUUCCAAAGCCCAGAGACACCACGAUCGGCAACAAACCCGCACCGAUCAAUCUCACCGCACCGCCGGAGGAGGGUGAAGGUGUGCCCGGCGAUGGGUACGGUGCAAAGGAAGGCACGGAUCAGCAGCCACCAACCAUGGGAUCGCUGUUCCUGGGCGAUGCCGGUGAUCAUAAGACCAUCGAGGGGAUCAAAAGCACCAACUAUGUGCUGCAGAAUUUGCCCCGCAUUUACGGCGAUCUGAACGGCAAUCACAAGCUGGUCGAUCGAUGCCUGACGGAGGACGACGAGACGAAUGGGAAUCUGAGCGAUGAGCAGGAGCAGGACAGCAAAUCCGUCGGCUCGGCGGACGAUCUAAACGGGGAGGACAAUAAGUAUAAAGAUGUCGAUUUGAACGUCAUUUCGGACGAGGAAUCGAUUGCGGUUGAUGAGAAUUGAAUCGUUACUGAAGCGGGGCUCGCCAAGUGGAAAGAAAGUGUUUGGCUAUCAGAUGUAUCUUUCGCUUCUUGUUGUGCCAUAUAGUGCAUGCUAUUUCAUAUUACACGUAAAUAUAUUGCAUGUGUAGA